AUGGCGAUUGCAGCAGUCGGGCAGAUCUGUUCCACGGCGUCGAUGAAGGCCAACCUCGACCAGUGUGUGAGACUGGUUUCCAAAGCAGCCAUCGGCGGAGCAAAGGUCCUCUUCCUCCCCGAAGCAUCAGACUACAUCGCGCACAAUGCACAAGAGUCCCUCGCCCUCGCGCAGCCGCAGUCCACGUCUCCGUUUGUCCAGGGCCUCUGCGCCGCCGCCAAAUCGCACUCGGUGGCCAUCCACGUCGGCGCCCGGGAGCCGCUCCCGCAGCAGCCCACGUCCAAGCUGCUCAACCGCGCGCUCUACAUCUCGCCCGCGGGGGACGUGGUCGACGCGGCGUCGUACGACAAGCUCCACGUCUUUGACUACGCCAGCCUCAGGGAGAGCGACACGGUGCAGCCGGGAUCCGGGCUCACGGCCCCGUUUGACUCGCCCGUGGGCCGCAUCGGCAGCCUCAUCUGCUUUGAUGUGCGGUUCGCCGAGCCGGCCGUCGCCCUGGCGCAGCCGGGGCCCGGGAGCCCGUGGUGCCGGCGGCCGGCGCAGGUCCUCACGUAUCCCAGCGCGUUUACGCUGCGCACGGGACGGGCGCACUGGGAGGCGCUGCUGCGCGGCAGGGCGAUAGAGACGCAGAGUUGGGUUGUGGCCGCGGCCCAGGUUGGGAGACACAAUGACAAGAGGGCCAGUUACGGGCGCAGCUUGGUCGUUGACCCGUGGGGGGAGGUCAGGCUGAGGCUGGGAGGGACCCGGAACGACGAGGGCGAGGCCGAGGAUGGCGCCGUCGAGGAGAUUGGCUUUGUGGAUAUGGAUAUGGCGCUUUGGGAGACUGUUCGGCGGGAGAUGCCGCUGAAGAGGAGGUGA